UUAUUCAUUUAAAUUUGAUGUAGUACCGUUACACGCGGUUGCAGAACAAACAUGGCAUUCGAACGUUUACCCAUUAACUGUUUGCUCGACCAAAAAAUGGUUGACCACAUUAAAGUCAAUCUAGUUGAAAAACGUGUGGGAUAGUUUUAAUGGUUUUGUUCUAAAUGCAAGAAAACUACAACCUCUGAAGCCAAAUAACAUAGCUAAUUAUCAUAGCUGCAUUGUGCAACAGUUGAAAAGAAAAACCGAACUAGGCUAUAUCCAACAUACGGAAUUUCUGGUGCAUGGUGGCACUGUAAUACAAUUUAAAUUAGGCUAUGUACAUGUCAAUAUUCCAAAAGUACCUCGCGUUGAUAAACUAACAGACUGCCGAGCCAUCCCCUCUUCUCCAUCCGUAAAGAAUGCGGGACAGCGCAUUGGCUGCAGGAUGUCGUCAUCGCGUACAUGACCACCUCCCGACUGUGACGACACAGCUCCCGGAAGAGGUGCCACUGACUAUGUUGAAGCGGAGGAAUGUCCUUUGUAAUCCGCCUGCUAAGACGUUUAUAAAAUCUUGUCUCCACAGGGUUUCGGCAAUGAGCGUGCUGCUGGUUGAGCCCUUCUACGGAGGCUCUCACAAACAGCUGCUUGACCUUCUCCAGGAGGAUUUGGAAGACUGCGUCUCCUGCACACUGCCCGCCAAGAAAUGGCACUGGAGAGCCAGAACAGCAGCCACGCAUUUCAUGCAGACCAUUCCAGCCAGUUCCUCCUACAGAGUGCUGUUCACCAGCUCCGUCCUCAACCUGGCGGAACUGGCCGCCCUCAGACCCGACCUGGCCCGGCUGAAGAAGGUUCUGUACUUCCACGAGAACCAGCUGGUCUACCCGGUCCGGAAGGCCCAGGAACGGGACUUCCAGUACGGAUACAACCAGGUCCUCUCGUGCUUGGUGGCAGAUGUAGUGGUGUUUAACUCGGCUUUCAACAUGGAGUCCUUUCUCACUUCCAUAUCUACUUUCAUGAAGCUGAUUCCCGACCACAGACCCAAAGGUCUGGAAGCGCUCAUCAGACCCAAGUGCCAAGUACUCUACUUUCCUAUCAGAUUUCCCCAUGUCAAAAGGUUUUUACCACCACACAAGCAAGAGGCAUGCACUGGAGAAAGGGGAGACUCCCUGGCCCUACAGAACCAGGCCAGUCCACAAAGCCACACUGUGGUGACACCGCAGCCGACCCCAAAACACCUCUCGGAUCCUCCUGCAGGAACCCAGGAGGAGACCCCUGACCUGAGCCAGCAGGGGGGGUCGGAGAAGUAUGGAGACCCUGGGGAAGGGAGCCCCGACCAAAGGGACGAUGAGGAGCUUGCCCAACUGACACCCUGUGAAGUGGAAAAGGACGGUGAUGGAGGCCCUGGCCAAAGACCACUGCACAUCGUCUGGCCCCACCGGUGGGAACACGACAAAGACCCGGAGGUCUUCUUCAAGACGUUACUGAAGCUGAAAGAGAAGGGACUACGCUUUCAAGUGUCCGUCCUUGGCGAGACCUUUUCCAAGGUGCCAGAUGUAUUUGCCAAAGCCAGAGAGCAGUUGGAUGCCUGUGUUUCUCAUUGGGGCUAUGCAACUAGCAAAGAAGACUACUUCAGAGUGCUCUGCCAAGCAGAUGUCGUCGUUUCCACUGCCAAGCAUGAGUUUUUCGGAGUGGCAAUGCUAGAAGCUGUUCAUUGUGGCUGUUAUCCACUCUGCCCGAAGGCUUUCGUGUAUCCUGAAAUAUUUCCUUCUGAAUAUCUUUACUCAACACCUGAACAGCUCGCUAAGAGACUACAGGCUUUCUGCAGGAGGCCUGACAUUGCAAGAAGACAUCAUGUUAAGGUGGACACAUGUGCUUAUUCCUGGGCUGUCCUGAAGAAGAAAUUCAGGUCUCUCCUGGCAGCCGAAACCGCCGGAGUCCUGUGACCGACAGGGGCGGAGCGAUACGCGGAACUUUCCGGAGCCCGUCGAUAUUCACCUGAUCAGAGAGGUGCCUGGCAGGACAGGGCAGAGUGCAGGAAGGAGAGGGGGAGUGUGAGGCUCUCUGCAAACCGUAGCCCGACUGCCUGCCUGUCAUAGCUGACACCAAGCCAUCUGCCCAAAACCUGCGGCUCUCUCAGAUCUCCCCUCCCUGCCACCACCCCUGCCCAAAUUAAACCCAGACUCCUGCACACGUUACCACGGCUACUCACGUCCCCACAUUUCCAGACAGGAGACGGCUAUAUAUUUUUUUUUAAAGCGUAUUUAUUUUGUACCUAGCAAAAAAGCAAAACAAAAAUUACAUAGAAAAUGCCCGACCGCAGUUGUGUAUCCCACAUGCGGUGCCACAUUCCGAAUUUCUGGUCAGAUCCGUUUUUAUCCUCCGAGCCGGAAUUCUCUCCUCCCAGCUCCUGCAGAGACUGAGGUCGGCGCUCCGUCGGCUCCUGGCGCUCCUGCGCUCGGUCGCGGCGUCGCUCCGGAACGCUCCGGAUCGCCAGGUCGCCACGGCGUCCUCGAAUUCGCGCGGGGGACCAGGGGUGGCCCCUUACGCCCUCUCGAACAAAUUUGGCCUCGGUCCAACAAUCACGUUUUCUGCGGUACGACUUUCUGAGUCCUCCUUUGCCAA